AUGGAUCAAGCCGGGCCUAGCGAGCUCACCCAGGCUGGGACGGAGCGCAAACGGACUAGGCGCGCCUGUAAGGCGUGUCACGUCCUGAAGGCAAAAUGCUCAGGUGCACUGCCAUCAUGUCAGCGAUGUAGCCAGAAAGGACACGAAUGUGAAUAUGAAUCCCUCAAGCCCGGGUGUGGGAAAAGGAAACGCAGAAGCCUUCCACCCAGAUAUCAUCGAAACCACUCGCCGCUGGCCGAAGAAGAAGAAGAAGAAGAAGCAAGUGAAAGCAAUACUGUUGUCAGUCUACCACCAAGCACCACACCACUCACUAGCACAGAAAGUACUAGCAGAGACGGAGAAACGAGAAGCCAAGAUCUGAGCUUGGACCUUGUCAAGGAACUCGAAUGUGAACGUACUAUCCUCAAGCCAUACAUCAAUGCCUAUUUCGAGCACAUUGCACCAAGACCUGAGAAUGGCUUCAUCCACCGUGCUAUUUUCCUGCGAGCCUGGUCAAGUGGGGCAGUUAAUCCGACGCUACUCAAAGCAGUCUGUAGCGCCUCCGCAGCCUUUGUGUCCACAGAAACCGCCAUCCUAAAACAGGCAGAGAAGUGGCGCUCCGAGGUGGAAGCUUAUGUAUGGGCAAACAUCGGACGACCAUCCAUGACUGUGCUUCAGAUUAUCGUCCUCCUGAUCUCACAAAACUGCGCUUUAUUUCGGUUUCUGACCCUGCAGCCGCUUCUGGGUAUCGCAGCAAAGAUGGCUUAUAUGCUUCGCCUGAAUCAUGAAAAUGAGAGGUUAUCCACCACUGCUCGUGAGAUUCGACGGCGGAUUAUGUGGUCGAUAUUCAUUUUUGAUAGGAGGCUUGCUGCUGGACAGUCGGAUCUGAUUACCUGUCCUGUGAAAUCAAUGCAGAUUCAAUUGCCGAUUGAUGAGAAAGGAUUUGAUCUUGCUAUAGCGGGCAAGACUGGUAAACUGAUUCCUGAAUCCGGGGAGGAAGACUGCUCUACUCAUAUGGGCACUAGGGCAUAUUUUUGCAGGCUUUCUCAUAUCCGCCAUGAGAUUCUCGCGUGA